AUGUCCAAAACCACUCUCGCCCUAGUCGCCGGCACAUCGGCAGCGUUGGGCGCAUCUCUCAGCCUCCUUUUUGUGUCAAGCUCACGCAAAGACGCUCUUCCACCGACCACCGUACCGCCGCAGCCUUCUCUUUCCUCCUCAUCAACCCUCCCACCGGUUCCAAGUCCAGUCUCUGUCCCUGUGCCUCCUGUUGCAGUUGCCACGCAGCCUCUCGUCACUCCACAAGUCACUCCCGUUGACCCCGCCGGUGUUUUAAGAUAUGGCUUUCCUGGUCCGGUAGCAGACACGUUGUCUACUCCUUCUCACCUCUCCUCGUUUAAUCGAGCUACACGGAACCCUCACUGGGUAGCCGAGCAUUUUACUACACAAUCACUUCUUCUGAAUAAUGGUUCACGCCGACACAGUGUCUUCUACGAAGAUCUUUCUGUUCCACCCGCCUUUCGAGCAAAAUUAGCCGACUAUGCUAGGAGUGGUUACGAUCGAGGUCAUCAAGUUCCCGCAGCCGAUGCCAAGUGGUCUCAAGAGGCCAUGGACUCGACCUUUGUUCUGAGCAACAUGUGUCCUCAGGUUGGCGAAGGUUUCAACCGUGAUUAUUGGGCACACUUCGAGGACUUUUGUCGAAAUCUGGCACACAAGUAUCCGAGCGUUCGAAUCAUCACGGGUCCUCUAUAUCUACCCAAGAGAGACGAUCGUGAUGGCAAAUGGCGAGUGUCCUACGAAGUAAUUGGGUCACCGCCCAAUAUUGCAGUGCCUACCCACUUUUAUAAGAUCAUCUAUGCUGAGGAAGCUCAAAAUAGCCCAAUCGGAAAAGUGGCCCUCGGCGCUUUUGUCCUGCCCAAUGCAGAGAUACCCAACUCAAAGAGCUUGGCCGACUUUGAGGUUCCUCUCGAAGCCGUUGAAAGGGCCAGUGGACUUCUGUUUGCAGACAAGUUGCCGAUCGAAAGAAGGAAACGCCUCUGUGGAGAAGUCAGAUGCGAAAUCAUUGUUCGAGAAUUUGACAAGUCUCGCCAACAGGCUAAUAAACCCCGAUCCAGGUAA